CCCCUCACAGCCGCCGUCUACAGGUCCGGGCUACACACCGAGUAGCUUCGACUUCUCCUUCAGCCAUGGCAGAUCAGGCCUUUGUGACGUUGGCUACCACCGACAGUUACGCUCGGGGUGCAAUGGUUCUGGGCAAGUCCCUUCGUAACAACGAUACUUCUAAGAAGAUGGUGGUACUCAUUGGCCCAAAUGUGUCGGAGCCUUGCCAGUCUGCACUGAGGAGGAUCUACGAUGAUGUGAUGGUGGUGAAUGUGCUGGACAGCGGUGACACAGCGCACUUGGCCCUGCUGCAGAGGCCUGAACUGGGUGUCACGUUGACAAAGCUCCACUGCUGGACGCUCACACAGUUCUCGAAGUGUGUGUUCAUGGAUGCCGACACUCUGGUGCUCUCCAACAUAGACGAGCUGUUUGACAGAGAGGAACUGUCGGCCGCUCCUGACCCCGGCUGGCCUGACUGCUUCAACUCUGGCGUGUUUGUUUUUCGGCCCUCUGUGGACACUUAUGACAAACUGCUUCAGUAUUGCACAGAAAAGGGCAGCUUUGACGGAGGAGACCAAGGUGUUUUGAACGGCUUCUUCAGCAACUGGGCAACAGCUGACAUAUCAAAACAUCUCCCUUUCAUUUACAACCUCAGCAGCAUAGCCAUCUACACUUACCUUCCAGCGUUCAAGCAGUUUGGUAGCGGUGCAAAGGUGGUGCAUUUCCUUGGUCAAACCAAGCCCUGGAGCUACACGUUUGACCCCCACACAAAACAGAUUUCAGGAGGUGUGCAAGAUGCCCCCACACAUCCAGCCUUCCUCCUGGACUGGUGGACCCUGUAUGCCAGCACUGUGGUGCCAGUGCUGCAGGAACAAUAUGGAGACGAGCCUUUUGUCUCUGGAUGUUUGGAGUCCCAGGAAAGUGACCCAACAGUCACUACUGAGACUGUACAGGAGGAAAGCAGCACGUCUCAUGCAUCCGUAGAACCCGAGAUGUCUUCUGAACAACGGAAGGAGCAAUGGGAGCAAGGUCAGGCCGACUACAUGGGAAUGGACUCGUUUGACAACAUCAAGAGAAAGCUCGACACUUUCCUCAAAUGAACCGGGAUGGAGUCGGAAAAUAAAAAGCACUUGCAGUCUAACAAAUGGUCACGUGUUUCUUCAAAGUUGAUUGGUCUCUAGUCAUUUUUCCCAAGAGCCAAUCUGCCAUCAGCAUAACUCUUCCAUUCUGUGAAAACUAUGCAAUAACAAAAUGACACUUAAAAAUCUCUCGUAGCUGCUCAUUUAGUUUGCCUUGCUUCUCUAAGAAAAUGGCAAGUUUACAUUAUUUUCCAGGGUUGUUACGAUCUUUGCUUGUAUUGUGUUAAUGUUGGUGCUCUCUUUGGAACUACAUUUUUGCAGUCACUUGU